AUGGGCUCAGUCUGGCACCAACGCCUGCCGCUCCUUGUUGCCGUGGUGCUCGUCCUCGGCCUGGUCCUAGUCCUCAGCAUCUCCGGUGGUGGCGGAGGCGGAGACGGAAGCUCGGGAGGCGAUGCAAAGACCGCCAUGUCCGUGGAUGGAGGCGCCGCGGUGGCCAUCGCCAACGCCACGAACGCCACGGCGGCCGAGACCACCGCCGCGGCUCUGGCGGAGACGGAGCCGGCGGCGGAGCCGGAGGCGGAGGCGGAGGCGGAGGCGGUGCCGGCGGUGCCGGCGGUGCCGGAGGCGGUUGGGGUGGGCAACUCAUCUGUCAAUAUCAGCGAGGUCAGCCAGGAGUCCAGCCCAGCUUUAGACACUUACAGGCAGUCGUGCCCAACCCUCUUGAAGCUGCAGGGCGCGUGCGACUACGACUUGUCCUCCGAUGACGCCAGCUUGCAGCCGCACACGCUGGUGCGCAGGGUGUGCCCGGAGGAGUGCAAGAUCAUGGAUCGGUAUCGGAAGAUGUGCUCGUCCCUGCUGAAUUUGGACGGCGGUUGUGCGCACGACCUGUCCACUGAGGAGGCGCUGCUGCCAAAGGGCAGCUUCGUUCGCCUGGUGUGCCCUGACAAAUGUCACAUAGAGUCCACGUCGACGCCUGCGCCGACGCCGGCGCCGACGCCGGCGCCGACGGCUGCGCCGACGCUAACCACCACAGAGGCGGCGAUCGAGAAACAGAAGGCGCCCGAAGCGCCGCCAGCCGCGGCAGCGGCUGGCCCACAGAUCUCUAUGCCCACGGUGCGUCCGUCGAGGUGGCUGGCAUAUGUGGUCUCCAUCGGCGUAACGGUGGCAUGGGCCGGUUUGUGCAUGCACGAGUACGGAUGGCUGCGGCGCUUCUCCUGA